AUGAUAUCACAAAAGCAGCCAUCGCUCCUGCCACCGCCACCAGCGCAAUCGAUCGCGACCACACCGAGCGCUAACAUGACGACAACGGCAACUACCGUCUCAGCGAAGAUGUCGUCGAUUGCUUCCGGCCCGGGCUCGGUGGCAGCGGCGGCGGCGGCGGCGGCGGGGAAAAGCGUCAGCCAGCAAAGCGCAACGCCCCGAAUGCACCCGAAGAAGCGAAAGUUUGAUCUGGCCGAGUUGGAGGAGAUGGAAUCGCACCGCCCGGCGCAGCCUUCCGCUCCCCUACCUAUCCCACCGUCGCCGGAGACACUUUCCGGUGCACCGGUGGCCCCACAGCCUAUGGACACUGGGCCCGGCCCGGGAGGAGGAGGAGGAGGAUGUUCUUCCUCAACGGCGGGCAGCACCAGCACAGGCCCGGCACAGCCGAGGGCGGCUAACGCCUAUGAAUCGGAUGGGGUGCGCACCGGCAGCUCCACGACGGUCCUGAAGAAUGGUACCACCGGCACCGCCGUCGGUCGCGGGGCCAACGGCAACAACUUUGAACUGUACAAUAGUAGCAUAAGUAAUGGCAGUAUCGGCGUUAGCAGCAGCAGCAGCAGCAGCACUAGUAACUGUAGUACCCUUAGCCGAACCGGUAACAAUUCGUGCGAUAAUACGAGCUUCACUACCACGAUGGCACCAUCGUCCACCGCACCUACAUUGGCCCGAACUAUGAACUGUAACGAUCGCCACACCGGCAGUCCCAAGCGGCGUUCGGUAGCGUCUUCGUCACCGCCAGGACCCCCGGUAGGUCAGUCGCUAGACGGGAGAAUUCAUCCCAUCAGUUCAGCAUCGUCCCGCACGAGCGCCGCCAGUGGAACGACGCCAUCCGCAGCUAUGGUGGCUAGCACCAUUACCACUCCGAUGGUAAGCAGCUCGGUCGUACCCACAUCGCAGCCGCUUCACCUUGCGCCCCGACCGACCCAUUAUCACCACCAUCUGUAUCCGGGUGUGGGCACCAGCGGCGGUGGAAGCCUAGCCACGAGCAAUCCGGGGCUCGUCAGCAACACCGUAGUCAACCGAUCUCAGAGCUACACCAUUUCUACCAUCACGCUGCAACAACCGACGGUGGCUACAUCGGUGUCAUCCGGCAGCAGUAGUCUGCGUCACGAGCAGCAGCACCAUCAGCAGCAGCAGCAGCAGCAGCAGCAGCUGAUUGGGAUGGCCAACCGCCAGGUGCUGUUGGCGGUCGAUCCCGGAGCAACGAUACGGCACCAAAGUCAGGCGGCGGUGGCACAGCAGCAAGUGCUGCGACUGCAGCACACGUCCUCGCCGGCGGACACUUACUUGCCGGCGAAAAAGCUGCACACCGCUCCAUCCUACGGAUCGCCAGGAAGCUAUAAACCCUCCCAGACUCCGCCGUCGGCUGCCAACACGUCGACUCCUUCGCCCAUCCAUCAGCUGCCACCAUCUACCUUCUCCGUGCCACAGCAACAGCAGCAACACUACCAUCAUCAUCACCAUCAGCAGCCGCCACAGCACCAUCAGCAGCAUCCUCAUCAUCAUCAUCAUCGCCAGCGGUCACCUCCGUCCUCGGGACUUCCUGCGGAUGAAACGGCGAGCGUCCAUCAGCAGCAGCAGCAGCAACAUGCGACCGGGGCUGCUGCAACGGUCGGAACGGUCCGUAAUCUAAUCGACCUGAGCGAGUGGGUCAAUCAUCGGGUGUUGGCUCGGCGGAACGGUGUUUACGAUUCCGGGCGCAUCCGGGCCACACCCGCGCCGAGCACGGUCGUCAUCGGUUUCGACUACCCGGAAGGCAGCCACCAGACGUACGACGACGUGUUUAGAGGUAGCGGCGCAGCGGAACAGCAGGACAUUAUCGACGACGUGUGCCCGACGACGACGACGCUGAUCGACCUGCGGCCUGGCAUACGGGUGGGCGUGCGCGCUACGUGCGUGCACCCGCACCCGAUCAGCAGCGGCGGCGGGGACGUGUUUAUCGAGGGCAUCGUGAAGGAGGUGCAGAACAACAAGAAGCAGUUCGCGGUGCAGAUAACGGGUGGUGGCGAUAAGCAAGAGCCUCUAAUAGUGAAGCGAGUCGAUAUCCGAUUGCUUAAGCCCCCCUGGUGGGACGAACUGGAGGAAGCGCUGGGAAGUGUGAACGGUGCUGGACGGUCCGGAAGUGGCAGUCUGGCGGCGGUGAUCGCCGCUGACCAUCGCACUUCGCAGCAGCGCCCGAGUGGCGAGCUGGACGAACCGCGCAGCAGAGGUCUCAUGAGCUACGCGCCGGCAGCAAACAGUGGGAACCACCACCAUCACCAUCUUGUUGGUGGUGGCAGCUUGGAAGCUGGUGGUGGCCUAUCCGCUCCCUCGGCUACCGUUAUUUAUGCUAGCACGGCCGGAGGCAGCAGCACCGGCGGGGGAGCACAUUACAAGAAUAGCAUUAGCAUAACGCAGGGCCGGGGAAUUCGCUAUGAUCCGGCGGUGGCGGCGGCGGCGGCGGCUGCCGCAGCUAAUUCGCAGUCGACCAAUGCCCAGCUACUGAGUGCGGUUCAUGUGCCAUUACAGCUCCAGCAGCACGCAGGUCUGCCGCUGCCUGGAGACGAGCAGCAGCAACACCGCCACCAUCACUAUCGCAGUGCCGCUACUUCGCCAUUUCAAGCGGCGCAACUGACGAACACCGCGGAUGGGUCCGGAUCCGGCCCUACUUCCCACUACUCGAAGGCCGGAAACCUUGUGACACUGCAGCACCCUGCCCAACAUCAUCAGCAGCAGCAGCAGCAGCACCAUCUGCACGGUCAGCAUCAAGGAGCGAUUCCGGCGCCGGCCCACAGUAGCAGUGUAACAUCGAUGGCUACGAGUGGCGGUGGAGCUACCACCGGGACAGUAUUACAGGCCGUCAGUCCGGACGAUCUGCGCACCACGAACCGAAGCUACGAUUACGAGAGCGAUGAUGAAGUGCGCAGCAGUUUCCCCAUGGAUGGAGAAACUGAAAAAUACUCAGGCAGUAGUAAACGGAGUAGUAUGCAAAGCCGUGGCAGUACCUCAAGCUUACUGGACCAACGAAGUACACCCAGAUCUCAACCAGCAACUCCAAGAUCUCAAGCGGCAACUCCCCAUCGGUUCAAGAAGGGGGACGUGGUCUCAACGCCGACCGGUAUCCGGAAGAAGUUCAACGGGAAGCAGUGGCGCAGGCUGUGCUCGAACGAAACCUGUUCGAAAGAAUCUCAACGACGGGGCUACUGCUCGCGGCACCUCAGCCAGAAGGGGAACGCGCUCCGCUCGUCCACCAGCUCGGUGAACCAUUUCAACAGUCGAUCGAGCAGCAAAACGCAACUGGACGAGGAAACGUCACGAGAUUCGGAAACAUCGCCACACUAUCGCGUUACCGGCCGGUUUGAUCAGGACGAAACGGACGCUGCCAAUAUGCUCGUUUCGCUCAGCAGUUCCCGAUCGGCGACACCCAGUAACUCAUUCUCGUCCCCGACGGGCCAUGGCUCGUCACCGCACGCCACACAAUCGCCGGUUACCAUUGGCAACCGGCAGAACGUGUUCAUGCCAAUCGGGAGUCCCGCUCCGUCUGCCGAGACACCGCACGGUGGCAAGUACAAAACGGCCAACACGCCGAGCCCGAACCCGAUCGGCGGGGGUAUUGGGGGCGGUGGUGGUUUAGCCAGUGUUGGUAGUGGCCAUCAUCAGCUGAUUCGGCCCGAAUCGUUGCGUCCCGCAACGCAAUCUUCAUCGUCGCACGGAGCUGCUUCGGUGGCGGCGGCAGCAGCAUCUGCGGCCCCCACUAGCGUCAUACGCAUGUCCCCGCUUUACGCGCAGCAUCCGUCGCACCCGUCGGCCAUCUACUCUCCCUUUCCGCCCGUCUCAACGCAGCAGCAGCAAGUGAUCGUUGAUUCGAUUACUUCCGCCGCAGCAGCAGCAGCAGCUGCGGCUGUUUCCAGCCAGCAGCACAGCCUCUCGACACUUCCACCGGCGCAGCAACAUCCACACGCACUGCUAACGGCGAGCCGACUGCACGCGACUGGGCCGCUCACCUCCGGUCAGUCUCUUCAAGCAGUGCAGAAGCAGCAUCAGCUGCAUCAGCAGCAUCAGCAGCAUCAGCAGCAUCAGCAGCAUCAGCAGCAUCAGCAGCAACAGCAGCAAUCCCAUCAUACGCAGCCACCGCCGCAGGCGCAUCACCAUCAUACGAUCAUUCAGCAGCAUCAGCAGCAACACUUACAAUCACAACAACAGUCGCCUCAGCAUCAGUCAAUGUCGCAACACACCACCGUGGUAUUGAACCAACACCAGUCGUUAGCCGUGCCAAAAAACGGCAUUAGCACGGGUUCCACCUAUCAAUGGCAUGCAUUGCUUCCGAUUAUUCAGGGUCCGGUCGCGCAAAGCAAAGUCUCGCCGAUGGUGGUGCACCAAGUUCCGAACUAUGGGCCACCACCUCCGCCGCCACCACACACCGCCGCCUCCUCGUCUACGGCGGUAGCUGUCUCGCAACCACUGUCGGUACCAUCCAGCAGCGCGGUCACGACGAAACCAUCGUUGCCGACCUCCGCUUCGUCCUCCUCUUCCACGUCCACGUCGAAUGCUGCCGGUCCGGCGAUCGGCCCCGCAGCAGCAACGAAGGCCAGCGCGUACAGCAGCACCUCUCCUCCACCGCCAGAGGUUCUACCGAUCGACGACGACGACCAGGGGGACGAUGAUGUCUUUGAAGCAGAGCCCGUGAAAACGACGACAACCAAUACCAAUACCACGACGACGACAAACGCUACAGCGAAGCUGGGCAAAGCGGGAGACAUGGCCUCCAACAACUUUCAGCAGCAGCAGCAGACCGCUGGACAAAAUGCGCAUUAUUUGGACAGGAGCGAGGAGGGAAUGGUGGGUGCUGGUCAUCAUCAAUUGCUGCGAGGAAUUGACAUUGAGGCACCGGCACCGGUCGGCUCUUCAUCCGCUACGACCGCCGCGGCACUGCUCGGCGGGAAGCUAGCGGCGGUAGCAACGGAGAGCGCCGAGGCGUUGGCGAAACGUCGCACACAAUCUUGCAGCGCUGCGUUACAGGCGGCCGCUUCGGGUGGUGGAGCAGGAGGAGGAACAGGGAGCAGCGCAACUACUCCCUCCGCCACGGCCGGUGGCUGUAGCACGCCCAAGGAACCGGCGAGCCCGUUGAGCAAAAAGGACGCCAAGAUACGGCGACCGAUGAAUGCGUUCAUGAUUUUCUCCAAACGGCACCGUGCGCUGGUACACCAGAAGCACCCGAACCAGGACAAUCGAACCGUGAGCAAGAUCCUUGGUGAAUGGUGGUACGCGCUUAAGCCGGAGGAGAAAACAAAGUACCACGAACUGGCGAGUGAGGUAAAAGAGGCCCACUUCAAGGCACAUCCCGAGUGGAAGUGGUGUUCGAAAGAUCGUCGCAAGUCAUCCUCCUCGGCGAAGGACGGAAGUGCAGCAGGAGCCGCAGGUGGCGGCCAAAAUGCACCGUCGUCUACCGGCAGCCGCGGACGGAUCGAUUCAUUCGAUGGCACCGAUUCGUUCGAUGAAAAAAGUCCCACGACUCCGGCGGAACAUCUUCAUCAACAGCCGGGCGGGGGCCCGCCUCAAGCCAACGAUAUCAUUCCACUAACCGUGGCACCGUACAAUUCGAUCGAUGAGACAACCGACUCGGUAAUCGGCAGUAUGAUGCCACCGGCAACGACUGGUCUGCCGCGAAACGUCUGCCAUGAUUCAUCCUAUCCCGAGGCGAUGGUGGUCGAUGGACCCGCCGAACGUGAAGACGACCGAGCAACGGAGAUCGCUGGAAAUGAGGCGAAAAGCGACGAUGAUGAUCGUAUGGACAUUUCCGUUACGGAACACGAGGAACAGCAGCCGAUGGAACAGGAAGACGAACCGUCCGCUGGUGGCGACGCAGACGGCGAGCAUCAACAGAUGGUAAUUGCUGAAGAGUCAACACCGGCACCGGUCGAAACAGUCGAGAUCAUCGAUCUCAAGUGUGCCGAAAAGGUUAGCGACUCCGACGACUUGGACGAUCCUCGUCCCUCGGCUUCCAUCAAUGGCCCCCCGGAGAAAGGCGACACUCAGCAAUUGGCUGCUGAUAAUACUUCAACAAAGCAGCAGCAUCAUCAUCAACCGGUCGUUAGCAACGGAGACGUAGCAACGGACUAUUCGAUUAAAUCGUUGACAGCUAACAGCACGACGACCAGCAGCACUAGCGGGCCAGCGACACCAGGAGGACCAAAUUCGCUGGGCGCUUCCGAUUCGCUGACUUACAAACCGAAGCCAAUCAAAGCCGCAAUCCGAUCACAAGGGAUCGGUGGUGCCACUGCCGACGGUACCGUUUCCGGGGGUGGACAGACGGUUUACCAACACCAUCAUCCCAUCGGAUACGCGUACAGCAGUCCGAAGAAUCCGGUCGGUGUAUCACCGUUUCAACCGACAGGUGGAGCAUUUAAAACGAUGCCACAGAGCCCGAAAACCCUGGGCAAACAGCAGCAGCAGGAUAUCCAGCAAACGUAUCUGCUUUCCCCGGCACCGUCCACACCCACGACAGUCAAGAUUGAGCCGGUGGAAAAUCUAUCGAUCGGCGGUACGACUAUGCGUCACCAUGCGCAGGAAGCGACAAUCUUCAAUUUUUCAGCUGCGGCACUCAAAGAACAGCAACACCAGGCGUCACUGGUAUCGUCUCAUUACCAUCCGGCGAACCACAGCAGCAUCGAUCCGCACCAGUUGCUGCUGACGGUCGGUGGUUGCAACGGCGAAAUGAUAACGGCAUCCUCCAACAUCGCUACACCGAUGGCCGUCCCGUCCACGGAUGGUGGCAAUAAAUGUAAAUCGAUAAGUCUCAAUCCCACCAUUUGUUACACGAUCUCUAACGUUAAUGGUAACCACGCGGCCACUAGUAGCAAUGCAAACCUUAAGCCUAGUACUAAUGCAAUAGUGAUGAGCAUGAAACAAGUUUUGCCAGUGGUAUCGUCUUCGGCCGCAGCGGCCACCUCCCUGCUGCCGUCUCUGACGUCCGUGGCGGCUCCCCUGCACCACGGACUGAUGGCCCCCGUCGGAGGACAACCAACGACCUAUUCGCUGUUGUCAACAGGUGGCACUGCACCGACCUUUGUCAGUGCGACCGAUCUGACCGCUGGAGAUGGCCGCGGUGGAUUGAUGACGUCUUCGACGGCCACGAUUCUAGCGUCUGCUCAGCGGCUUCCGGGACGACAGAAACUCAUGCUAUGUCCUCAGUUUGCCUUAGUCCUCCCCGAAAACCAACAAUUCACGUUGAGCGAUCGUCCCAAAAUAUUUGCCAAUCUCUCUACGGCACCGUCGGCAGCGACGGCCACGUACACCAUUAAAUCCGCGCCGUCGUCAGGCACAAUCUUUUCCGCCGUGCCGCGUUCCUCAUCAUCCACUUCCGCGGCCGUUUCCUCUUCCGUCUCCACUUCCACUUCCUGUUCCGCUGCUCCCACGGUUGCCUUUGCACUAACCCCAGCGAAGACGAUUGCCGCCGGGACACGCCAACAGACGGUUUCGUCGUCCUCAUUGGUCGCUGGGCCGUCGGUGGCGCAUGUGAAGCUGGCCAACAUCAUCUCAGCCACGGCUACGGCGCUAACGCCCUCAUCAUCGUCCUCCUACUCAUUGCCCUCGCCAUCAUCAUCGUCAUUAUCAUCUUCUUCCCUGUUGUCGUCAUCAUCGAGUGUGCAAAAAUCGACCGCUACAACGGUGACGGCAGUAACUAACAGUAACGGCAGCAACACAACGGCCAACACCAUCAAUACUACUACUACUACUACUACUACUACCACUACUACGGCCAACGCCAUUGUGGCGACGGGUCCCACGACCUCCAUACAAUAUUUGAUCCAAGGCAAGAUACCGAAUCUUCUCAUCUCCACCGCACAGGGCUACCCGGCGCAGCUCCAGCAGCAGCACCACCACCUCCACAGCCAUCAACAGCCGCCGCAUCUGACCCAACACCACCACCAUCACCAGCUGCACCAGUAUCCUUCGGUCAAGCAGGAGCCUCCGGAAUCGCCCGGUGCCAGACACUUGCCGAUUACGCCCAACUCCACCAGCACAUCCACCUACAGUGCUGGCAGCAGUGGCAGUGGCAGUAGUACGUCUAGCACCGUUAGCAACCACACGGCAGCUGGCCCGGGAGCAGGCGAUGGGACACCGGCCGGUCGUGGAGUGACAACAGACACGGCCGCCGGCGGAACUUCUGCUGACCAAGCUAAUGAAGAAACGGACGGCGAGGACUACGGUGCGCCACCGGAGAGUAAAAAAUUCAUUCUCGCACCGACUCCAGCCCAGCUGGGCCGGGCUCCGCUUCAGCGCCGUCAGAUGAGCAACAGCAGCACCAAUAGCGGCGGUUCCAAGACACCGGUGAUGACGCAUCAGCAACAGUCACAACCUCACGAGCAGCCCGAGACUCACGCGAUCGACAACUCCACCAGCAACCAACAGCUGACCUCGAUGCCAUCCGCGCUGCCAACGCCGACGUCCGCCUCAAUUGAGGACUAUCACAACCAGAUAUCACCCUCCACCGCGAAAAAAGUGUUCUUCCGGAAGGCAAAACCAGACGAUAUGGAUAAUGUUCUCCGGCAGGUGGACUUUGAGAAAAAGUUCAAAACGUUGCCCCAGUUCAAGCCGGAAGACUGUCACUCGCCUAGUGCCAUCACAGCAUCGUCGCCGCGCGUUUUCACGCAAAACUAUCGCAAAAAGCAAACCACGACACACAAAACACUUCCUGACGAAGAUCAGCAGCACCAUCAACAACAGCAACAGCAACAACACCAACAACACCAACAGCAGCAACAGCAGCAACACAAUAACGUCCUGCAUUCGGAUGGAAGUGCUCCUCCAUUGUCCAGUACGGCCACUCCCUCCAGUUCGUACGUUAUUGGAAAUCGCUUUUUCGGACCCGAUUUCAACAUGGAACAGUACAAAGAAAUGGCGGCAAACGAGAAUCUACUGGUUGGUAGCAGUGAGCGGUCACCGCGUACGCCGAAAACGCCAUCGCAGCGGUCGGUCAAUUCGGCCGAAGAGAAAGGCCACCGGAAGAUACUGGAACAGCGGCGCAAUCUCGUUGUGCAGCUGUUCAACGAACACGGCAUGUUUCCGUCAACACACGCGACCAACAGCUUCCAGCUGGCACACAGUGACAUAUUCCCGAACAAGCAAAGCCUACAGCUGAAAAUACGUGAAGUGCGACAGAAGUCCAUGGCGCAACCACACGGUUUCACGCCCCAGUCUGCUGGGCCCAUUACGCCGACUGAUCUUGGCAGUGGGGUUGGUCAACCGGACGGUCAUCCAUCGCAGGCGCUGCAUCAUCAACUGCAUCAUCCGCAGCACCACCAGCAGCAGCAACAGCAACUGCAACAACAACCACAACAACACUCCCAUUCAGCCCAUCAUCAUCAUCAUCACCAUCAUCACCAGCAAAUGCUACAACAGGAGCAACAGCAGUAAACAUAUAGCGUGUUGGACAACGGCGUACAGUUCACGAUGGAAAGAAAAGGCCCACCGGGGCACGUUGUUAAAAUUGAUUUGCAAAGAAGAUGAACUUAUUGCUAGCAUUUGCGAGACAAUUGCGUGUUUUUUUAGGGGAAUCGAUACAGUAGUGGGUUGAGAUAUAAGGGUUCAGUUUGAAGACCGUGAGUAAACGUGAGCAAAUUGUGUGUAUAUACAUCAUACAUGUACGGUAAACACACCAUCGUUAGUUGAUGGUCUUUCAUGAUCGUUAAAUGGAAUGAAAAACCUUUCCGGUGUUUUGUUGACUAUGUUUCUGUUGCGGUAUUUCCCUGCGUCCAUAUAUUAACGAAGCACUCGGGGCAAUUGUUUCAUUUCGCAUCAAGAGAAGUAAAACUUCUAACCCACAGUUGCUUGCUAAACGAAUAGUGAAGAAAGGGAACUCAUCUUCCCCGGAAAACCAAAAGCAAACUUUUAUCCCAUGUCUAGCAAUAGUUACAGUAUAAUAGCAUGGAAACUUAAAACUAAAUAAACCAAUAGAUAUACGCCUACCAUAAUACGCAAAACACCCACAGAACGAAAGAAAACCAAAUCCAACCAAACUAUGCAGAUACUACUGAUCAGCAACAACGUUUUUAUCUCUUCAUUAUGGGUACCGGCCAACGCUCGGAACGCUGGAGCCAUUCAAAAGUAUGUUCGCUUGAGAUUUACUAAUUACUAAUUAUGGACUAGUUCCUUUGCCGUUUAAUCAGCUAAUGAGCGUAAGAAACCGUCGAGAAAUAACCUAUUAAGGAAUGAAGAAAUCUGUUGAAUGGGACUCACCAUCAGCAUGCUGGAAAGAUAACGUUUGUAAUGGAGGGUGUUGACAGGGAAAGCUUUUUCAUAGUAAGAACGAAUUGUAACGUACAAUCAUCAUAGUGCUGUUUAUGGGAGACGCUGAAGUUACUGGAAUGAUUCAAUGAUCACGAUCAGAUUGUUUUGCCCAUCUCAAAUUCCACGCAAACAAAACGCGAUGCGUAAGGCGUAGAAGGCAAAACACAGAGAACCACAAACAUACGAGAGAGGACACGCAAACGUGAUCGUCGAAUACAUACGACUAAUACGCGGGGUGAUUAUUUCGUGAUUUUAGGUUGUAAGCGCACGGAUUGACCAUGAAAAAUAUUGGAUUGUAAAAGGGCUUGAACCCCAGAAUGGCCAUCUAACGGUCAAAAUCGGUGAAAAGUUUUUGCAGAUAGGCGGGAAGACAGGGCAAGUAAUGUAUUCGAUUGGUUGUGGAAGAGUUUGCCAGUUUUGUAUGUAAAUAAAUUGGUAGAAAAAAAGUAAUUGUAUAAACCACAAAUGUACUGUGGCCCUGUUUUGUCUGUCACCCUCUGUUAGGAUGGCAUCAUGUUUUGAGUGGGGCGCGGUUUAGAAUAAAAACCUGCUACAAAACAUCUAACCUCAUUGGAGAGACCACAAAGGGGCUGUAGAAACGGUAGCAGCAGCAAAGUACAAGAAACACUAAAUGCUAGCAAUUUUACUGUGAGUUUAAUAGUUGUGUAGCACGUGCGUGUGCUUAACGGAUACACGCACAACAGUGUACUUCCCUUUACGCGGUAACUGACACGUUGCGAUGUGAAACAUUUCUACUGUUUUACGCGCCAGGGAUUUAGAAUUUAAGGUCGAUGUGGUACACUGUACUGAACACUCACUUUCUUUAUCCGACGAACCGGUCCGGCGACACUGUCACAGUUACUUCAUCCUACCAAUUGUGCUCACACAAAACGGAUUAAAUGUUUUAGUUGUGUAAACCGCCUCGUGCAGCAAAAAACACAACUCAAUACCCAAAAGCCAAUAUCAAGUCAUUCCCAUUUGUUUUCGACAAAGUAAAAAAUAUACAUAUACACACACAAAAGAAGAAAAAUGCGUAGUAGAAUUAGAAUAGUGUUUAUUAUAGCAAAAAAAGGGACAACAACAUUUAGUAGUUUUUAGUAGUGGCUGUUAUUCCAAGUACGGCAAACAAUCGACAGACGAUAUACGUGCCGCCAGCAAGGAAAUCGAAAAAGCUGGCACCAGUACGCGAAAUACAGUUUGUGUGUUGCGGUUAAACCUACAAAUGCGCUACGUGCAGAACGAGACCCUUUUAAAAGCUAAAGCACGAACAACAGAAAGCCUGUGAGUGACCACCUCCCUUGAAAGAAAAGUGGAAUGUGUGUUCUUAGCACGAACAACAAAGUAAAGUAUUGCUGCUCUGAUGCUGUAAAAAAGUGACAGAACAACUGUGCAGAUAGUUAAAAAAGACGACGAAGUGGUUGACUGGUGUCGUAUGCCCAUGGCGCGGGGCUUUUGAUGCCUGAAGCAACUCUUUUUCUUUUUUGUAGAAUAAAAUAAAGGCGACAUUCGCGUGUUAAAUAGAUUAAACGAUAUUACUUAUUGCAUACCAUGUGCGAGCGAGAUGAUCAAUCGGUGUUUCAGUUUAUAUUAAAAUUGCCAAUGAGCCAAACAUUUGGACAGGUAUGCCAUAUGCCGUAGCUGUCGCCGGAGAGGACGAAUCACCAAGCUUUUUGAUAGUUUCCGGCCAUGAAGAAAGCGUACAAGUUCACACGUAGACAUCGGAUACCUAUCACUUCUACACUGACCCGUGCACCAUUGACUCGGAAAUAGGACUCACCUUACAAAUCACAAAUCAUCAACGUUUUAGCGGCCACGGGAUGUGUUACCUGUUGUAUGAAUGAACGAAUUUCUAAAACUUUUCUCUAAAUCACACAAAUCUAGUGCAGUGUAGAACAAGGAAGAAACAAAACGUGCUAUGACGAUGUACACCCAUAAUGUUUAGUAAAAUAACACUGUUUCAAUGCCUUUAGGGCUAACCUGAAAGAUUUGAUAUAAGGCGCACGCCAGCAAAAAUAUGAAGCAAAACUUAUGCGUAAAAUCCCCACACAUAUGUACUACGCUAAGGAUUGAUAGCCAAUUAAAAUUGAAGGAAACAUAUUUUUAUCCAAAAGAAGAACAAGACACGGAAGGUUUUUGUUAGUUGAAAUGAUGCAUUACGCAACAGCAGCUGAUCGGAAGCCACAAUCGGCUCCCAAGUAGCUACUGCUAAAGUGUUGACAAACCCUUUUGGCUGCAUGUAAAGACGCUUCAACAUUUAGGAGACCAUGAUAAUUAGUAGGUGAAACGAACAAAAACCCAUGAUUUAAAACGAUUAAAUGAAAAAUAUACA